AUGGAGAAAGAAAAGGCAUUUGAGCAUAUUUUGAAAUCUGCUGAGGUCCUUUCCAGUGGACUUUUCAUUGGUGUGUUUUCGCGUCCAUUGGCCAUUGGAUUUAUCGGUGCCUUUUUUGGUGGACUUUCCAGUCGAGUAUUGGCAGAUGCAUUUUGCAAGAACGCUACACUGACCAC